AUGUCGGCAUCAAGUUCUCUAAGGGCGGAUUCCCCAUCCACGAACGCGAGCCCAUCAUCACAUCAACAAGUUCGGGAAGCAUCACAGAGUGAUUCGGAGCUACAUGGAUUAGAGUACGAAGAGAAGCUGAUUUUACAGCAAAUCAUUCCUCAACCAGACGCCUCUGAUGAUGGCAUAUCUCUUACUGAGUAUGACAGCAUCUCGGAUUCAGACAGCAAUAGGAGUGCUCACAAGAAGAAUGAGCAAGCUGUAAGCAAAAAAGAUUACGACUCCUCCGAAGGAUCUCCUGAGACCGAAAGACCAAACAAUUACCGAGGCCCUCCAUCAACAUGGCGUGCCAAAACUCGACAAGAACGGCAAGAAAUCAGCGCUUUGGAAGCCCUCCGCGCACGAGAUCUAUCGAUCCAUCUGUUCAAUGCGUUCGCACUCAAAAGGAGAGCGAAGAAAAUAGAAUCUUUUAAUUCAGAACAAGUUCAAGAGCACCAAUCUAGUAAUAGUGGAAAUGCAGGCCCGGCUUCUUCAUUCGUGCCAACGAAGCAGUGGACCGCAUGGCCCCUACCUGCGGACGAGGUUCCAAGAGGAGACGAACAUGUGCAGAAAGAUGUGAGCGACAUCUGUAAUAUGACCGGUCCAUCUGAUGGACGCCCUAGCACAGAAUUAGAAGAAUGUAUCAUGGCCCAGAUGCUUAAAACAGCCAAAGAGAAAUUUGAGGCUCGAGCAUGGAAGGAUCGACGACCUCACCUUCGCCAUAGGAGCAACGGAGCACCUUCGGAUACCGCUGGCACCGAAAUGAAUACUGAAAAUGAUUCAUGUGAUGGUGAAAUUGGCGUACACGCAGAAGUACAAUUCCGACCCGUCGUUCUGGCAGAUGAUGAUAAGUCUAGAGUGGCGCUACGGCCCUCAGCAAGACACAUACUUAACGAUCUCGAUAAUAUCCUUCUGUGUUUACACCAUUCACGACAAUCCUAUGUUACAACUGUCGACUUAUCUCAAAGCGAAUGUGAAACCGAACCUGAAGAUGGGUCAAAUUCCAGACCCACGUCACGUUCACGAGCCAGGUCGCGCCGCAGCAGAUCACGCUCCCGAGGUAUAGAUCGAUCAUGGAGGCUGUCUGCGAACACUAUCCCUACCGUUAUGUCAGAUCGGGAAAAAAAUGUGGAUCUAUCUGAUGCCCCAAACAUGCUCUCGCACCCAUCGAAAACCCAACGACCACGAUCAAAUACACCCCGACGUUCUCGAAGCCGAUCACCUGGUUCAAGGCAAUCUAAGCUGGGUCUACGUGAUUGGAGCGACAUUGUUGGCAUCGCUUCAAUGACGGGAUGGCCAACAUCUGUCGUUAUGAGAACAGCAAAACGUUGUUCAGAGCUGUUUGGGGAAGACAUGGCAUUCAGGACUCUAAAUGAAGUGAAGUUGGUGCUGAGUGAGGGUGCUGAAAAAUCCAUGCCUACAUGGGAGUAUACCGACAAAGAAGAGUCGGGGGAAUUUACGGAUUUUGAAAUUCCUAAUACUACCAACAUUGUUCGGAGGCGCGGGCUGGAUCUGGAAGGGCAGCUGUUUUGUCCUGUUAAGGGAUGUUCUCGGUCGACGAAAGGAUUUUCCAGGACUUGGAACUUGAACCAACACGUGAAAAAUAGGCACCCCAAUCUUAAGUAUGGGAGCCGUCAAAACAUAUCCGCCCCUCAAACCGAGGACCCUGACUGA